UGUGCGGCCAGAAAGCUUUUUGCAACGAAGGAGAAAGAGAGAGCUGACUAUUUCAAAAGCAUCACUGAGGAGGAGAUGAUCAACCUUCCCACAUACUUACUUCUUCACCUGCCGCCUAUGAAGGUGAGGGAUUUGCCUGACUCGGUGUGUCCUGCCUUCCUCGACAAGAUGCAAGAGGCCAACCUGAGCUCAUUACCUCAUCGUUUGCCUUCUCGCCCCGCACUCACCCAGAGAGCACUGCUUUGCCUGGCUGAAGAGCCAGACUUUUCUGGACUGACAGUUGAAGAUGUGUCCAGGCUUGGACUGCUCUUAUGUGAGCUUCAGCCUUCCCAACUGCUCCGCAUGGCCCCCGGUAUCCUCAACUUCAGCCUUGAGCAAAUGGCUUCCUGCCAGCACAUUCCUCUACGCCACAGGGCAGAGAUGAUUCAGUUGGUCAAGCAGACUUUUGGGGAUCCAUCUUAUUGGUCAGCUGAGACUAUGGAAGCACUGGGUCCUUUCCUCCUUUUGGAUGACAAUGCCACAUCUGCUCUUCCCAAUAAGCCCUGGAUGAAGGACGUUCUAUAUUCUUUGACGUCGGGCCGGCAGUACACCUCCAAAGCCCUGAGAAAGAAAAUCUUCAAUCUCGCAACCUCCUCAUCAAAUGCAACCGAACUCACUGUGGAGUUGAUUGAGGAACUUGGAAUGAACAACGUCUACUGGACACGCACGCAGCUCGCUCACAUGUCAGACGAAACCUUCCUGACUACUUUAGAAACACUCGGCGCUGUCUCUGACUACGGGGCCGACCAACUGGACGCGCUCAGCACAAAAGCAGUUGAGGUCUUGGGCCCAGUGUCACAGAUGACUGAGAGUGAGGUGAUGCAGCUGGGAUGCAUAACUCGGGGCUUCUCCGAUGCAGACCUGGAGAAACUCCCCUUCUCACUCGACGCUCUGGAGGAAAUCGACAAUUGCGGCUGGAACGUGUCACAGUGGGAGGCGGUGUGGAAGGGUGUUUCUGAACAUGAGAACCUGACAGCGCAGCAGCUGGAAGCUGCAGACAUGGUCGCACUGAGCCAGUUCAUCUGUGGCCUAAACUCCAGCGAGUUCAGACAGCUCAACGUGAACGCCUUCAAGGACGCUGUGGGCUCAAUGGAUGGCGUUCAAUGCUCCGCCAAGGUUGCACAGCAGCUGAAGCAGCUUGCUGUGUCUGCGUUUGGAAAUCCCAACACCUGGACUGAAGCACAAGUGUCUGAGCUGGGCAACAUCAUUGCUGGGCUGAACUCCACUGAGUUGGCCUCUUUAGACUCGGUCGUCUUCUCAUUUAUCGGCGAGUCCUGCAUCCCGCUCAUACCUCACUUCGCUGUCCUCUCUGUUGCUCAGCUUGAAGCUCUUGGACCUGACAACGCUGCCAUGGUAACCAGCAAACAGCGAGCGUCCCUCAGUGAUGAGCAGCUGGCCGCUCUUGAGAGGGCUGUGAUCGGGUCACCUGACCAAACAGAGAGAUCUGUACAGUCAGGUACUCCAUCGCUGAAUGUUGAGGGGGUCUCAGCUCUCGUGAAGCCCUUUCUGUUACUCCUCAUGGGGUUCCUGCUGCUGUGAGGAUAGAGAGCCACCUCCACCUGCUUUAAGCUGACCACACACCCAUCCUCUUAACAUUAGGUGCACCUGUGACAUGUAAUCAUCCUUUAAGUGUAUUAUUUGUGAUGAAGACAUGUUUCUCAUAGAUAAGCAAAAUCUGAGAUCAUUUGUGUGAGCGUAGGAGUGUGCCUAUUCUAAACAUUAAGUACACAACAUAAUCAUAUGACCUGCUAAGCGGUGUAAGGAAUCUAUUAUUGCUUUAAAUAUUCUGUCACUGGAAUGAAGAGAAAUGUUUGUUUGCUAUGUGGGAUGUCUU